AUGAAGGAGCUCCCAGAAUACAUUGAAGUUAUAAACGUAGAUGGGCAGGAGUUGGUGUACUAUAACUGCAGCCUUCGGAGGAUCUUCCCGAGGAACGCCUGGAUUGAGGAGAACUUUGAUCCAGACUUCUGGAAACUAGAGACCGAGAGAAACAUCAACAAUCACCAGUUAAUCAAAGCGGAAAUUUCCUCUGUAAUGCAACGCUUCAAUCAGACCGACGGCUCCCACAUUUACCAGUGGAUGUACGGCAUUGAGAUGGAUGAUGAGACGGAUGAGAUCAAUGGCCAUGAGAUUCAUGCUUAUGAUGGAAAAGACCACUUAUACUUUGACCUGAAGACGGAGAUGUUCAUCGCUGCGUCCUCCCAGGCGGUCCUCACCAAAAACAACUGGAAUAAUAAAGCUAAGAUUGACUAUAGGAAGAACAUCUUCGCCAAUUUUUUCCCUGAGCUGCUGAAGAAGUAUGUGAACUAUGGGAAGAGCCAUUUGAUGAGAACAGAGCGUCCCUCGCUGUCUCUUCUCCAGAAAACUUCCUCUUCUCCAAUCAGCUGCCACGCCACGGGUUUCUACCCCAAAGUUGCUGACAUGUAUUGGAGGAAAGAUGGAAAGGAGAUUCGUGAGGGUGUGGACAAGGGAGAGAUCCUUCCCAACAACGACGGGACCUUCCAGAUGACUGUCGAUCUGAGACUUUCCUCAGAGACGCAUGAAGAGUGGCCCAAGUAUGAGUGCGUGUUUAAGCUCUCCGGUGUGAAAGAAGAAAUCAUCACCAAACUAGACAAAAGAAAUAUUAAGACCAACAAA